AUGGCCUUGUCGACAUCCAUCACUCGGCCACUGCAGUUGAUUAUUCGCUUCCUGCAGUGGUCCUGCGCUGCCGUCGUCGUGGGUAUGACCUCGUACUUCAUCAACCACGGUCCGCGUGGCCAACACACCAUCUACCAGGAAGUCAUUUCUACCAUCUCGAUCGUAUUCUUCAUCCCGGCUUUCGUUUCGCCAUUCCUACCCUCGUCGUUGGGUAAACUCGUGCUUGCUAUCGACGUCGCGUUCUCCUACCUUUGGUUGACUGCCUUUAUCUUCGCCGCGCAAGAUUACAAUACCGGCCAUUGCCGCACUGCUAUCCCCGCAGGCAUCGGCUGCAAGCACAAGUACGCCAAUGAAGCUUUCAUCUUCUUGACUUUCAUCUUCACCUUCUUCGGCAUGAUCCUUGAAGUCGCCGCCCUCUGGGCCUAUCGCAAUGAAAACAGCACUUCCUACCGCACCGAGCCUAAGGUCAAUCAUGGGGCCCGUCAACCUAUGGAUGCGCCUGCAGCUCCUGCUGGCACUGUCUAA